CAGACGGUUUCUCGAAAUGAAAGACUGUCCAAGCUUUUGCUUUUCCUGCGGCACCAAAGGUCACGUUGCCCGCGACUGCUCUCUCCCGUCACAGCAGCCCUUGCCGGCAAUGCCUCACCGCACGCUGGUUGGCCGUCCUUCAAUGCAACACCGAGUCCCUUUUGAAAGGCGUCCGGUUGCUACAACAAGUAUCAAUAAAGAUCUGUUUAUCAUCUGCCAAGCUGGGUCAGAACUAGUCAUCUACCAUACAGGCGUCAUGGAUGAGACUUCACUGUUGCAAUGAGGAGGAGACGACGGCAAGCCUCUCCAACCGUCGUGUUAUGUUGCAGCAUAUGUUGGUGAUGGUGACUAUUGGCACUUUUUCCUUCACAGUGGCUCAAAAAUACACGCCGUUUCGAGGAAAAGAGAUGGCAUGCUUGAGUUUAGUCUGAACAAGGACCGUACGAUGGCUAUGGAUCGUCUAUCUGUACGGCGGCUGCCAAGUGCUGAUACUUUUGUUUUGUUUAUCACAGUUGGUGGAGUGACCAUUGCCCUUACUGAUACUCUGAAAGUUUUCCAUCAGACAAGGUUCAGUUAUGGAUCCACCACGUGGCUGCGUUGCAAGACAGAUCAGUCGCAUGUUCUCCACAGGAAGGUUAUGAUAUCUGGAUAUGUAGCAGUGAAUGACGAUUCCUUUAUAGUCUGUGAUGCUCUCACAGGUUCCUGUCUUUUGUUUGACCUGGGUGCCAAGCAAUGGCGUGUUGUCAUGCCUUGGGCAGCAUUCGCAGAGGACCUGCCAAGGACUUGCCCUACAAAGUGCCAUUUAAAUGGUAGAUGUGUGUCUGUCGAUGGCUUUAUCUACACAUGCAGAGAUGGAGGGCUUGCCGCUUAUCAGCUGCUUGAUAAAGAUCAUUCUGUGUAUCUCAGCGAGCCCAUCCUUUUGCCAUUCUCAUGGCUUGUGGAUGAUUGUGUGGGUGAGGACAUGUGCUUGGAUUAUGCUGGCAAAGAUGUGGACUCUGGUGCUAUUUUGUUUUACGUGGUGCAACUGCAAAGUGGAUAUCGUCCGCCCAAGCAUGAUGUACAGAUCACCAUUGUCCAGGUUAAGACUAAAGCAACAACCAGCAGCAAGAAAAGGGAACCAGUGCGAGUUACCCCCGUGGACUGUGUCACGCGGUUCAUACAUCACGAGGAAGCCGUCGAUGCCAGAUGCUGCUUUGCGCUCUAGCUCCAUCUUGUUUGUGAUGGAUGCAUGCAUGCAUGAGUUACCCUAUUAUU